AUGGGCCUCUUCAGCACGGCGCUGCGCCGCCGCCGCCAUCGAGCAGGCCCAGAGGUUGAUCUUCUGAGCGCAGCUUUUGGUUUUCCCUUUCGCCACGGAAUUAAAUCCUCAUGCAACAAGAGUCCUGGUCGUAUGAAGAUCGUCUAUGAUCCUCCUUCUGACUCCAGCGACGAGUCAGACUCGGACGAAACUUCAUCUUCAUCUUCAGAGAACGAUCGUGGACGACAACAACAUCGCGGCCGUCACCUUUCCGAAAGACCCCCGACACCUCAUCGAAGCACUCCAGAGUCACUCAGUUCUUCAAAGAAGAGCUCCUCGCGAAAGAAGCAGCAUCGCCGACGUCGUUCGCGCGCUUCAUCGCGAUCCAGCCCUCGAAAAUCGACUCGUUCUCGCACUUCUCGCUCGACAUCUCGUCGAUCAAACGUUAGAAGCAUGACCAGUCAGCCGUCUAUCCCCUAUGUACAGAGUUCUGCAACUUUUCCUCCUCCUAUUCCUGUUCAUUUGUCGAAACCGCCUUGUAAUAUUGUACAGUCGAAAACAUUUCCUGUUUCUACUUUUAAUCAACCUUUUGGACUUCCAGUAUGCCAGCCCAUGCCUCAGCAGCAGGUAUACUACCAGGCCCCAUUCAACUAUGGGCCGCCUCAGCCAUCUUCUAUGUAUCGAGGCCCGGCUCCUCAGUUUAUCGCUCCGGCCAUGCCUCCACCUGUCAUGGCACAGCCGCCUCCUGGUAUAACGACAGUGCCUGUGUCUUCUGCGACUCCAAACAGCAGCGCGGUCUCUCCAGGAGCAUCUGGCAUCGAUUCUCAAAAUUCCAACUCCGAAGCUCCUGAGCAAUCGGACUCGUGGAACAAAGACAUACAGCGACUGCAGAAACACAUUGAUGCCAAGAUGGUUGAUCUAGCUUCCGAGCCUAACAGCAAAGUCUUGCGUCGUGACCUCCGUCGUCUACAAGACAGACUGAACUCGACCUUGAACAAAGCCAUCACGCACAGCAAAAAGUCACACGCCAAAAAGCUUUCCCUUUCAUCGACCAGCAACUUCUCGCAGUUGGCCCUUGACGGAGAUACUACAAGCGAGGCUGCAACUGCAACGCUUCGCGGCCUUAUAGCACCUGCAAGCACGAUUAAGAACGACCAUCAGCGACAGUACCAUGCCCAGCAGGGCAAAAGCCCUCAACGCAUUCCACGUCACCAUGUUUGCUCGGGAUGCGGCAACGUUCGCUCACAGCAAUUCCACAAGCGCUGGCCCCUCAACAGCUCAAGGAAGUCAUACAAGAUCAGCUACUGCGAGAGUUGCCGAGAAGAGAUGUACAAUCGGGGUAUUAUUCAGAAAUACCACUUCUGUUUUAACUGCGGAGCUGCGAGGUCAAUGGCAUUUCAUAAUCACCAUCCAGUGCUGCCAGGCGAGCCUAUCUUCGUCAACUAUUGUGGUUCAUGCACCGAAGAGUUCAAGGUUUAUGAACGUCUUCCAGACAUUUCUGUCGUCAACCUGGUUGCCCCAAGAGUCAAGUCACACACAGAAGUGACUACUCCUUCUGAUUCGGAAGAUGACUUGGAUUCCCUCACUGUCAAUCGUCACCAGAACAGCAAAAGUGACCAAACCAGUGUCCAAGGCGAUCAGCAACACGAAGUCAAGCUUGAGCGACCUGGCCCAGACACCGAGCCAGCUCGUGGAAGGCGACCAGAGCCACGUACCCCCAAACAGUCCAUUGUUGCAUCAGAUGUCGACUUUGUACCCCCUGAAUCGCCCUACUGCCCCUCGCGGAGCACUGGUUCUUCUGGUCGUCGAACAGAGAGGAAGUCCUCCCUACAAUUCAGUACAGGCUCCAGUCCUCACAGAGAGGAAUUUGAGACGAAGGGAAACUACCAAGCGCCCUACGUCGAAGAUUCCUCGUCGAGUCAUCAUUCCAGAGUAGCCACACCGACAUCCAGCAUUCGCUCCGAGAAGAGAGAACAGAAGAUGAAGUCUAAAGGAUAUGGAUCUCGCAAGAGCCCCUCGCCUGAUGUUGUACUGAAGUCCGCACUGGCAGGCUGCGACCGAUCGUCCUCGGAUGGAUCUAGAAAGGCUAGAGCCGAGACAUCAGAGGAAUGGCCUCGGGUUCGUGGGAAGUCUCUGGACUCUGACCGUUCUGAUCCAAGUUCUUCCAAGUCUUCCAGCAGCAAGACAGUAAGGUUCAAACAAUCUGUCGACAUUCGUACAGCAUUGCCGCAAGAUGUGGAUGACUUCUCAGAGCCUGAAAGUCCCAGAUACCCGCGGUCUCCGGGCUCUCCUCUGAUUUCUCGCAAGCAAUCUACCACUCGCCGUACCAAAGAAACGAGGGACCAGUACUUGCACCCUCACUACGGUCAGCGUUCGAAUUUGUCUUCAGGCUUUCACCGUGAGCACUUGCACACUCCAGAUAACUUUAUGCCUGGAACACCCUCAAAGGGGUACUCCAAAGGAGCAUUCAGCAAGGACUUUGACGGUGGCGGACAUUGGGAUUCUUUCCAAAGCCCCGAAUUUUCUUACGCCGACCAUUACUCGGAAAACUCUUUCCACGGCUACUGUGACGCUGACGAGGACUUCUCAGCUUCUCAACCCUACAACCAUGACCAGUACAGGGAGUCGACCGCAUCUCUUCCAUCGCGCCUUUCUACCGGGAGUGUAUUUGCCUCCUUCUUCAAGAAGGAUAAGGCGUCCUCGGUUCCUCCUAGGGACAGAGCGAGCCCAAGACCUUUUGCUCACGAUUUCAACGAGACUGCCAGAGACAAUUAG